AACAAAACAAACCAGCAGAAUGGAAGAAGAUCGAGCACAGGUCGACCUAGGAAUCGCUGUGGAUGUGGAGGAGCAAAUAGAAGAAGCUGCUGCAGCGCAAAGAUUACCCAAGAAGCGAUUCGUGGGAAGGAGGCAAGCCGCAGAAGCAGGGUUGAAGAACGACCCAAAUGGUUCGGUGGAGGAAAGCGGCGCAAUACAAAUAUCAAAGCCCAGAAGAGCCCCUCGAACCCUGAACCAAGUCCCCUCCGAGAUCCUGAACGACCCGGACAUCAACGCUGCGAUCGCACUCCUCCCUCCGAAUUAUUCCUUCGAAAUUCACAAGACUAUACACCGAAUCAGAACAAAUGGGUCGAAAAAGGUUGCUUUGCAGAUGCCGGAAGGAUUACUGCUUUUUGCAACGACCAUAUCGGACAUUUUCACACAGUUCUGCCCAGGAAUCGAGACGCUGAUAAUGGGAGAUGUGACAUAUGGUGCAUGCUGUAUCGAUGACUACACUGCAAGGGCUCUUGGAUGUGACCUGCUGGUUCAUUAUGCACACUCUUGUCUUAUUCCGGUAGAUGUCACGACCAUCAAAACGCUGUAUGUCUUCGUGGAUAUCAGUAUCGAUACAACUCAUCUGCUGGCGACUUUGGAGAAGAACUUUCCAUCUGGAAAGACAAUAGCUAUGGUAGGGACAAUUCAGUUCAAUGCGACCUUGCAUGGAGUCAGAGCACCAUUGGAGAAGGCGGGAUACAAACUGUUAAUUCCACAAAUUGCUCCGCUCAGCAAGGGAGAGAUUUUGGGAUGUACAUCACCAAGGCUGACAUCUACGGAUGGAGUGGAUAUAAUUCUGUACCUUGGAGACGGGAGAUUCCAUCUUGAGAGUGCCAUGAUACACAACCCCACCAUUCCGGCUUACCGAUACGAUCCGUACUCGAGAAAGCUGACACGAGAGAGCUACGAUCACAAGGAAAUGCACACUCUGCGCAGAGAAGCCAUUUCGACCGCAAAGUCGGCCAAGAAAUGGGGUCUGAUUCUGGGUUCUUUAGGUCGUCAAGGCAAUCCUCACACAAUGGAUUUGAUCGAGAAGAAGCUUGAGGCGCUAGGAGUUCCAUAUAUCAACCUUCUCCUCAGUGAGAUCUUCCCUGGAAAGCUGGCCAUGAUGAAUGAUGUGGAGUGCUGGGUGCAGGUUGCAUGCCCAAGAUUGAGUAUCGACUGGGGCUAUGCUUUCCCGAGGCCGCUUUUGACACCGUAUGAGGCGUUGAUUGUAUUGGGAGCAAAGGAGGAUUGGGACAAAGGGAAUGGCGGAGUGUAUCCCAUGGAUUAUUAUGGAAAGGAAGGUCUUGGAAGGACCAGGGAAGCAAAGGCUAUUUCUGCGACCGGAUGAAUCAACAGCCCAAGAAAGCUGUAGCAUCAAACACGAUAUCAAUAUGAGCCAUCCCCAAAAGUCCUCGAGAAGAAGGAAAGAUUGGCUGGGCACGGAAGUGUAUGCUUCUGCUGAGUGCAGGGCUGGGAUGUUAGCCUUGAAAUGAGGUCCCAGGUGCAGAAACAUGACAUCCAAUGCUGGGUGUACGACUGCUAUUCUCCCAAUUCCUGAUUCAGGUAUGAGACUCAGUGAUGGUCCACUGACCAGCUCUCGAGAGAUGACAGUAUGAGGGCUAUGUUUGGACAAUUUUCGGGGCGACAACCUGUCUUGGUUUCUCAACGGUGGACUAAAUAUAGUCAAGAGGCUCGGAUGAAUCGAGCAUUAAAGUAUCUCCUGCAUUUCUCCUCAAUGCUCUUUCAUGUUCCGCCGCCAUUUUCCACCUUUACCAAUCACUAAAAAUGGAAUAUCUUAGUAUGUUGAAUCAAGCUAUGGAGCCCCUCUACUUGUUUUAUGGAGCCUGAUGCAUUUCUUUGUACCAUAUUCUCUUCAAGCCGCGAUCCGUCUCAUUCCAAAGCAGGCGGACUCACCAACUGGGACCUAAUAACAUGCUUUGUCUUCCCAUGCAAUCUUCCAAAGGGUUCCGAUCAACAUAUUUAGAAUCACAACCCAUGACGUCGCUAGGUCUCAAGAAGUAUAAAUACCAAGCAAUUUCUCCCAGUUUGCAGUUUCCUCUUCCUUCUAUAUCACAAAACCAAACAUCUCAACACUCCAAACACCAACCAACCUCCUCAAACAAACACAACAAAAACCAACCAACACAACACAAACAAACCCCUAAUCAAAUGUCCUAAAACUCGCACAACGGCACCUGGGGCGCCGCUCAAGGCUACAUGCCCACCGGCAGCGGCGCAUGGUCCCAAAAAAAUCCUCGACCACCUGUUCAACAAGCUGCCGCUGGAUAUGGCGGCGCAGGAUACAACGCCUUUUCUGGCGGUAACGGCGCUGGCCUUCUUUCCAACGGACAGGCCUAUACUCCUGCGCCUGUCGGAAGAGAGCCCCCUCGUCGUCCGCCAAUUUUCCAUAAACCGAAUAAUUUUGGACCGGCCAAUGGACCGGAUGGGAAUGGGGCUGGUGGAUAUGGAGGCGGUGGAGGAUACUUUGAUGGAGAUGAUCCUUUUUAGAUGGAAGGGGGAGCUGGUGAUGUGGAGGGAGAGGAUUAGGGAUUGAUGGGUGGGAAGAGGAUGAGUGAUCGAGCGGAUGGGCAUGGCUUUGCAUAUUGUAUACGCUCUUUUGAUAGUAGAAUAGACCAUUGGACUUUUCAAAUUCUUCCUUCUGUUAGCUUGGUAGUGAAAUAUUGACCACGAAGAGCGAGUCAUUACCAAGGCUGUAGCUUCACUGGCAAAAGAGAAACUCGCUUCCCGCACCAGCACAACCCCAAACCAGUAUCAACAUCAACUGUCCUCCCUAAUCUUCUCAUCUACAGCAUCAAGAACCAUCACAGCCACCCUCUCUAUCCCUUGAAUUUCGCUCCCCGCCACAUGACA